AUGUAUCUCUAUCUUAUUGUCAUAUUUAUUUGUGAAGCUUUUGGCAGUGGAGAUGAUGCUGGAGCUCCGCCACCAGUUCAUGAAAGUUUCCAUUUCACCGACAAGUUGAAAGCAUUCGAGUUUCGCAAAGAGGAAAGUCCGAGUGAAGAAGCUUCAAUAAUUGAAUAUAUCGGAAAUGAAAUGUUUUCUCAUAACUCAACGCAGAAAGGAAUGAAAAUUAAAAUCAAUUAUUUCGACAAUGUUUGGAGUCCUCUUCGUUUUCACGGACCUCAUCAUGGAUCUGAUUAUUUUGAAUUACUGGAGAAAAGCCACAAAUCACUCGAGUACGUUGUGCCGAACGAGCAAGUUUUCAUGGAAUACACACAAGAGACUGGAGAAUUCGAAGGAUCAAUCAAAGAGGUUGAUAUCAAAGAUGGUUGUGAUUGCGCUCAAAAAGUGGAAUCACCUCAAAAUAGUUCAAUCAUUACAGUCACAAUUCGACAAAGGAUUUCAAAGGGUUGCCCACCAAUCGCCUGUGCCUGGGAACCUACUCUUCAAAUCUCAACUCAAAUGACACUUUCUAUAUUCGGGUCAACAAUAAACACAGAGAAUUAU